UUCAUUCCUUCUACCAAGUAUUGGACUAUUCCCGAUGCAUGUUGUGAUUUAUUUAUUUGAUGAACUUCGCUCAUCAAAAGGAGGUCAAUUACCGAAGAACGGGUUUGGUCUCCUGUGUGGCGGCGUGCUUCUCAACGACCGAUACGUGCUGACUUCCUGCGACUGUGUCACUCCGUACAUCGCCACUGACCUAGCGGCUCUUCUGGGAUUCGUUGUGGAGGGUGCAAUAUAUACGGUUCGCAUAACGCAGAUUAUCUCGCAUCCCGACUUUAACCCAACGACGAAGGAGAACGACAUUGCGCUUCUCAAGAUGGAACGAGUCCUGUCUCUGCCAGUGGCGGUGAACUUCAUCGCCCCCAUCUGCCUUCCGCACAGAUCCAAAUACACAGAUGAAAAAGCCACUGUCGUUGGCUAUGGAUUCAUCAAUGAACAAGGAGAAAGCAAUGGCAAUGCAAAUACUGUCAACCUACUCACCAUCAGCAACAGACGUUGUGGCGACUUUCUCGGAGAAGACACUAUCGAGAAGAGCAUGAUCUGCGCUGGCGCCAAGAACAUCGGAGCUGGCGGCAUGGGUCCUUGCACGCUCGACUUCGGCGGUCCAUUGAUGGUCAGAACAUGGUACGACCGUGACCGGUUCACGUUGAUCGGUAUCGCCACCAACCGCACCGGAUGUGGCCAGCCUGGGGUGCCGGCGGUCUUCACCCGAGUCUACUCGUUCCUGGACUGGCUCCUGGACAACAUGGAGGAUGCCACUUACUGCUGAAGACUUAGUGAUAAGAGCGCCCGUAUGAAGGAUUUCAUUUGCCGUAUUUUGGUCUUAGUGCACACUGCAGAGUUAUAGCCGGCAUAAAUGGACACCGCUUUUGUUGUUGUUGUUGUUGUUUGCAGUAUUGCCAGUCUUGAAAGCGAUAGUCUGUUCAAUAUACACACAGUGGUCACUGGUCAUAGGCC